AUGUUAAUUAACUUGAUGGAACGUGAGAAAGAAUUGGAUGAUCUUGAAAAAAUAAAUAAAGAAAACAAAAGGAAGUUCAUCGCUUCAAAAGAAAUCAAUAUCGCAGAAACAGAGCAGAUGAAAAAAGAAUUAUUUAGAAAAGAAGAAUUUUUGAAGAUGUUGAGUAACCGUUUCAGUAAAGAUAUGUUGAUGCGGUACAAGAAAAAAAUAAGCCUUGAACAGUCGAUUAAAGACAAAAAGACCACGGUCGAAACGUUGAAGGUAUAUUUUAAGUUUGAUCGGUUUGUGUACACGAUAUUUUAUUUAUAG